ACCAUCACCAUCACCAUCCAGACAUGGCAACACAAUGCACAAGAGAAGCUGCCAUCCUCAGACUGACAGACAGUCCUGCAACCCAACCUUGACAUAACUGUAGACAUUUUUUUUUUUUUUUUAAAUAAAUAAAUUCGGAUCUGGGGGAUGGCUUUGCCCCUUACUUACAAGUCCGAGGCGGGACUGAGGUCCACUUUGCCCGCUACCCCUGCUGGUACUUGUAGUGCACUGCCCCCCUGCAUGUUCCAUGUUGACAUGCAUAAAAGACUACACUUCCCCAAAGCUGUCACCAGGCGCUCCCUCCUCCCAUUGGCUGCUCGCUGCAGCCGCAGCCCCAGAGAAUGAAUGAAAUUGAAAUAGCUGCUACAUUACAUGUACAAUACCGGGCUCUCUGCAGUGUUGCAUUCUAUCAUACUAUAUCAAAAUGGCCACAGCGGUACAGAACCCCCUCAAAUCGCAAUCUGGAGGUGCAGUCAUCAAGAACAGUCUUGGUGAGGAGUUCUAUAAGGAGGCCAUUGAACACUGUCGCAGCUACAAUGCCCGUCUGUGCGCCGAGCGCUCCAUGCGUCUCCCCUUCCUGGACUCCCAGACCGGCGUGGCCCAGAGCAACUGCUACAUCUGGAUGGAGAAGAACCACCGCGGACCAGGUCACGCCCCAGGUCAGUUGUACACAUAUCCCGCUCGAUGCUGGCGCAAGAAGAGACGGCUAAACAUCCUGGAGGACCCGCGGCUUGUACCGAUCGAGUUCAAGAUCGACUACGAGGCUUCUCUAAAGAAGGAGGGGGGCAUCCCAGAUGGUCCCGUGUUGGAGUCGCUGCUCGCCGGGGAAACCCUGGACAAGAAGGUAGAAACCAAGGAAGAAGAGCCAAUGAGCGAGUGUCAGAAGCUGCUGGUCGGGGAUUUCCCUCAUGAGCUGGAGACGGACGAGAUGGAGGAAGACGUCCCGAAACGCAAGAACCGUACCAAAGCACGGGCCUACGGUGUCGGGGGCAUGAGGAAGAGACAAGAGCCGGCUGCCAUUGAAGACAGAGACAAGCCUUACGUCUGUGACAUCUGUGGAAAGCGCUAUAAGAACCGCCCAGGGCUGAGUUACCAUUACACUCACACACACCUGGCAGACGAGGAGGGAGAAGAAGACUCGGAGCGACACACACUACCCUUCCAGCGCAAGAACAACCACAAGCCCAAGAAAGCGCCAGACGGCUCAGUGAUCGCCAACGGCUACUGCGACUUCUGCCUCGGAGGCUCAAAGAAGACGGGCUGUCCUGAAGACCUUAUCUCCUGUGCGGACUGUGGACGCUCAGGCCACCCGUCCUGUCUGCAGUUCACAGUGAACAUGACGGCUGCGGUGAGGACUUAUCGCUGGCAGUGCAUCGAGUGCAAGUCCUGCAGUCUGUGUGGCACCUCUGAGAACGACGACCAGCUGUUGUUCUGUGAUGAUUGUGACAGAGGCUACCACAUGUACUGUCUGAGUCCUCCCAUGUCUGAACCACCAGAGGGGAGCUGGAGCUGCCAUCUGUGUCUGAGACACCUGAAGGAGAAGGCCUCAGCCUACAUCACCCUCACUUAAUCUGCGGAGCUGCGCCUCAUCCUCUCGGCCCUUCAUCCUCUCCCAAACCACCUCUUCGUCACCCCUCUCUGUGCCUCAGCUGCCCCCCCUCCUCCUCCUCUGAUCUACUCGCCGCCACUUCCACUACAAUCCGUCCUAGUGACCUUCGGCACCCACAGCGCUGCAACCAUUCUUGAACCAGCGGCAAACCAACGUCCGUCCUCAUGUGUCACUCACCACAUUCCCUGAUGCUUGACCUGACCCCCCCCGACCACCACCUUCCCGAACAACACUGCAGAGGAAUUCAUCAGCUGGCAAUAAGUUUGCUAGCGAGACACACACUCCAGCCUGCCAAGGGCACUUCAGAGGCAUACUACUCCACAGGAACCCUCUUAAGGGCCCUCGGAAGAGCCCUAAUGAUCUUCAGCUGCAACUCAGUCAAGUAGUAAGAGAGAAUUAAUAAGAUGGAUAGGUGUUAGGCCGAGGACAGGGCUUGGAAGACCCUGGAUAACCAUGGAGCAGUAGGUUUCAGUGUUAGCCAACUGUGAAAUAUACACCUAACCAAAAUUUCAUUUACUCCCUCUGUCCUUUACCCUGUACAGCAGAGCUGAGACAUUGAACUCUGCUCCACUGUUUGUCUGCAGGACUCGCUGCCCUGUUUCAAAGGGGAGUGAAUUGUACAGAAUUCAAACUGAUUCUCCAUUUACUUCAAAACUCCUCUCACUGGCAAAACAAUGAGCAUCUGGUCGGGAACUCAACAAGACACAUCUUUGACCUCACCGCGUCCUCUCUCCUUGCAUGGGGUUUCCACAAAUUAAUGAUGCAUUUUUUUGGGAUUGACACCGGAGGUUUUAUUGUGUUCGGAUGUGAUCCUCGGAUGAGAGGGGAGAUGGAUUUUUCUCUAAUCAGCUAUCUCUGAUCAAACAGUGUAUUUAAAAAUGACAACUUAGGCUUAGCAUCGCUCACAAAUCCUUUACCUGACCUUUAAAUCGCCCUUCCCUUCUAUGAAACAAUGACUGUGAAGCCAACGUGAGACUGAAACGCUCCUGGUGCUUGGUGUGUAUUAUCUGUGUGUUAAGAAUGUAGGAUUGAUGUGUGGACAAUGCAGAACUUUGUGCGGCCCAUGCUGAGGCCUAAAAACGUCUUUUUUAUGAUUCCUUUUUUAUUUUAUUGUUUUUUUUUCAUUUGCAUGUUGUUAUUUUAAAAAGACUUUUAAUUGAAAUUGAAAAGAAAGCACACUUAAUUCGCAAUAAUGUGUUUGUGAUAUGAACUAUUUUGGCCAAAACUGGGUGUGUUUUAAACUCUGUGUGUGUGCCUGUGUGUCUGUUUGUGUGAGUUUAUCUGAGUACUACAGUAAUUGUAGCCGGCUCCAUGCUAGGUGGUAUCUGUUAAGAGGAUUUGAGGUGAUGUGAAUGUAAGGAAAGACAGCAUUUACCUGUUCAGGCAUUCUGACAAAGUCAUUGUUUUGCAAGUCACAAGCCUCAAGUCUUGGCACUUAAGUUCUGAGUCAAGACCAGCAAGUGUUUAAGAUAUAGUUUGACAUUUUGGCUAAUAAAUACGGAAAUCAAAGUGUACAAAAGACAAGUUAUGGUUUUACAGGGGCUAUGUGCCAGACUAUUUCUUGGCAGCAACUCCAAGAAACCACUGUGCCCGCCAAGAAUUAGUCCAUCACAUAACCCCCUUGUAAAAAACAUAACUUGUCACUUUUACCCUUUGGUUUAUGUACAGAUUAAAUAAAUGACAUACACCUUUAGAGGUGAUUUUGUUACCUAUGGAUAGAGCCAGUCUUAAUGCUAAGCUACGCUAACUGUCUCCUGGCUUUAGCUUCAUAUUAAUCGGACAGAUAUGGCAGUGGUAUCAAUCUUCUCAUAUAACUCUUGGCAAUAUAGUGAAUAUGUGUAUUUCCCAAAAUGUCAAACAAUGUCUUAACGUCAAGUUCAAAUCCUAAACAUGGAGUUAUGAUCUCCUCGCCAAAUGUAAUUCCAUUUAAAAUCAUUAACUUCAUAGUAACAUGUGCAUUUUAUUCCUAUUUUUCCCCUUUUUCCUCUCACAACCCUCUUAUUUUACUGCAUAACAUUCAGGACAACAAAUCUGUGAUAAAUAUCACCACCACACACUGACUGUGUCGAGGGUCAUUGAUUAUAUGUUAGCAGAAACGCUAAGCCCUUUGUUACUAGCUUAAAGCGAUACUCCACCCGAAAUAUGCCCUUUUAGGAUCAAACACGUAACACUUUUCACAUUGAACGGCUUCUUUUAGCAGAUACUAAACCACUCCUGUAACUUAAUCCACUUCUCUACUGUAUAUUUACAUCCAAACAGUCAGAGUAACACCAAAAUAUGGCAACAGUAAGUGCACUGCUUCUGUUCUAACGUGCACACUCGAGCGACAUACACAAGCUUCAGCUUUAAUAACAUACUUUUUGAUCUGACUUUGGGCUUGGCGAGGGUACCAAGUAUGAGUGAAGUCAUUGGUGUUAAAGUCAAAGUCCCAUGGCAGGUUUAGCAUGCUAGCUUGCCAGCUCUGUUUCUCGCCAAGUGAAAUCAUGUUUGUGUCCUGCAAAACAUGAGUUUUGUUAGAGUGAAACUUGGUAAGAGAUGUUUAAAAGAAUUCUGCUACCUGCCAGUCUGCUCUGCACGUUAGUAUCCAGUAGAAUAAAUCAGCAUUUGAAGACAAGCUAAAAUGUUAAGGCUGAGUUUGUGAUACAAUAUGUCCUCAUACAACGCUUUGUGUGAUAUCUUACGAAAAGUUAUUCCUCAUUUUUUUACGUAUUCCUACGAAUAUCCAGCAACACGUGUCAAUUUCCACUCGUUACAUGCAUACAGUCUUUUCAAAAUAAACUUCCGUCUUCACAGGAAACCACUUGGUUAGGUUUAGGCAAAAACACUACUUGUUUGGGUUAAAAUAACUUCGGAAGUGGCGUAUCUUAAGUACGAGAGUUAAGUGACAAAUAUGUCAACGUUUGGAUUAAAAUAACUUCGGAAGUGACGUUACUUAAGUACGAAAGUUAAGUGACAAAUAAGUCAGCGUUUGGAUCAAAAUAACUUCGGAAGUGACGUUACUUAAGUACGAAAGUUCCGUAACAAAUAAGUCAACGUUUGGGUUGAAAUGACUAUGGUGGUGUAACUUAAGUACGGAAGUUAUGGAACAAAUAAACCAACGUUGACUUCUGGUUUCACCAGGGACAUGAACAUCGGUCUCCUGGACGAAAGUCCAGUGUCUUUUGACCCUCUCAUCCACCCCAACCGUCUCCUAAUGCGGGCGUUUGUUGCUCUUUAUACUUCCUGGUUCACGAUUACAAAUUGAUUUUGUGGUAUUUAUACGAAUUACAGUGCAUUACUUUUCGUAGGUAUAACUACGGACGUUGUAUGAGAACAGCCUGUGUCAUAAUGGGAUUAAUCUAGUCAGCCAGCCAGCAUGUGUAUUUGUGAGCUUGCACUGAGAAAAAUCUCUUUCUUUCUUUUAACCCAAAGGCCCAUUAUGUUAUCCUCAACCAGUUUAACUGGACUUCUCAAGGCAAAUUUAAUGGGCACAUUACAAGACAGCUAAAGUGCUGAUUUACGAGGAUGUUUUUUUCUGGAUUGUUUGAUAGGAAAGAGAAGACAUCGAUCCAAUGAUGUGUGAGCUUUAAGCUUGGAGACAAUAGCUGUAAAUAGAGGAUUAAAUCAAGGAAUUUCCAUUUCAUACAGUAUUUCAUAUUCUUAUGUACAUAUCAAAGUAUGAAACAGGUCAAAUUCAGUUGUUUUUGGUUUGAAUGAGCAUCUCAUUUUAAUGCUGCAUCAUGUCUCUAAAUGGAAACUCGCAGGAUCAGAUGGCUUGUGAGAAUGUACCUGAACUGUAAUUGUGUUUGCCAUCUGAUACAGAAAGACAUUAGGUGCAAAUACUGUGCUACCCUCAAUUCAAUGUGACUCCACUGAUGCAUGAAUGACACCUGAAAUGUUUCUGAUUUCAUAUUUUGAUAUUGUCAGUAUUGCUUUUUUUAAACGACGAUGAGAAAUAACCUUUAACUUAUGUUCAUUUCCUGUUUGUUUCCUUGUAUGUUUUUUUGGAAUCUGUGUCUUUUCACAUUUUGCACAGCGUGGCUGCAUUUGCUCCCCAAGUGUGUUUAAUGCCUCUGUGUGUAUGUGCGUGUGCGUGUGUGUGUGUCUGUAUGUGUGUGUAUAACCACUUAUGAUUACUGGAAGGUCAGAGAUAAGCAAACCGAACCAAAAUAGUGAAUUAUUAUUAUAAUUAAUAUUCUGCAGACAUUUUCUUCUCAGUGGAACCACUUGCAUGGCGCAGCACUGCUAGAGGAUUGUAAUGUGAUGAGUACAGAUGACGACAACAGUGUACUUGUUUGUACACAUUUAACACAAAGCACUUGGAUAAAGAAGAAUGCUGUUUCAUUAUGCAGUGUGUUAAGUCAGUAUUUCAUAGAGAGGCGAAGUCCCUCCCCUUCCAUUGUCUUCUAUACAAUGUGAGUUCCUUUUGCAACCAGAGGAGUCGCCCCCUGCUGGCUAUUAGAAAGAAUGCAAAUUUAAGGCACUUCCACAUUGGCUUCACUUCUCGGACCCGGAGGUUGCCCACUGAUCCCAGUAAGAAACACACAGGAAUCGUAGCUUAAGCGAGAGAGACGUCACUUACACCACAUUUGGGUGUGUAGUCUUUCUAAUUACAUAUUUUCAUAGUCUUAUACUUCAACAGUUUUACGACAAACUGCGACUGUCUUGACUUGCAAAAUUAUCUUUUAAAUUGACAAACAUCAUAUGUGCGAUUCAUGGCGCAAUUCAAACAGGAUCCAAAAAUGAUUUGUCUCUCACCUUUAACUACCGUACAUAUUUUUUUCCGAAAUAAGGUCUCAUGGCGGUCCACUGGAAAAGGAAGGACUUCGCCUCUCCAUUUGCCAACGAAACCAGUAGUAUCCAAUCAAAUACUGUUUAUUUCCAUUAACCAAUCAGAGCUAACAUCUAGAGUAGAAGUGUGUCUGAGUGGAAAUAGUUUGAGGAUGAAAUAGAUGUUGAUGUUAAUCAAUAUAGAAAUGUUUGUGUGGUGGAUGGACGAUGAUGAUGAUGAUGAUGAUGAUGAUGAUGAUGAUGAUGUCGAUGGUAACUGAAAAGCCUUUAUAUUGGGAGCUUUCCUGGCACUUAAUAGGAGAAGCUCGAUGAAGUCAAACUCAUUUUGAUUGUACUAUCUGGGGAGGGUGGGGCAGCCAUGUUGGGGUUUUUGGAAGGGUGGGUAUAUCAGUGUGAUUAUUAAAUGAAACUUGAGCCUUCCCUUUGUACAAAUGGACAAACCAAGGUGGUGGUGAUGAUGGGGGUCGGGGUGUCAAACAAAGCCGCACCAGGAACCUCCAGGAGUCAAGUUGACGCCAUUACCCCUCAUCCCCCCGCCACCCAUUUUAGGCUGUUUGGGGUGGCUCGGCCAGAGAGUUGAGACUUUGGGCCGCCUCUCUUGUAAAUUGUCGUUCUGUGAUCUUGCUUGCACUUUUUUUUUUUUUUUGAUUUCCCAAAAAUAAGAAACUAAUUGUAAGUAUGUAUGUGUGUGAGUGCGGGUGCACUUUUUAUUUUUAAUCUUCACAUUUUUUCAACGUGAUUGUCUGUUGUAAACAACACUGGAUAAAGAUGAGUUUUUAAUUUGUAUUUUUUACCUUGAGAGGAAGAUGAAAUCUUCUUGGACAUUUUUUAACCCCCGCUCCCUCCCCUUCUUUCCUCCCUCCCUCCCUCUCUCUCUCUUUCUCUCUCUCUCUCUCUCUCUCUUUCUCUGUCUGGUACCUGGGAAUGCUUUGAAAUGUGGACUGUGACCGCAUUGCUGUCAUCACUGCUGUCAGUCAUUCUCUGUGAAUUCAUCCGACUUUCUCAAUUUACCCAGUUUUUUCUCUCUUCCCUUGACUCAUUUUUUUCCAUUAAAAAGAUGAGAUUGAAAAAUGA